UGCUGCAAUGGCUAUUAUUAACACUGAAAACAUUCGUAGUACAAUUUGGAUUGCCCUCAAGAGGCUUGAUCUCAACGAUAACAGGGUCACGGCCCUUCGGGAAGUUCACAUUCCAACUGGGGCUAAAGUUACCACCAUAAGACAAAUACUUGCUCAUUCUUUCAGGCUGGACACUUCUCAGUUAACGCUUAAGAUGCGAAACAAUCAAGGAUCUCUAAUUCCAUUAAACUGCUGCAUGCCUCCAAACAGAAAGCAAAUGCCGUACGUCCUUGAAGUGGCUAAAAACUACCAGCAUGUCAACCCAAGACCUAGAAGUAUUCCCAUUUUGAAUAAAACCUUGAAGUCAAGACUACAGAACAUUGUGAAACAGAUUGAAAGAUUAGAAGACCUGUUGCCUCAAAUCAAGCUAAAACACCAUGAAAAGAUGACAAAGGAUAUUGAGUUACUGAAUCAAAAGCUGGUAUUUCUUCACAAACGAAUGCAGACGUCCGAGUGCUGUUGCUGGGAGGGGAUGCUGAGAAGAGCUCCGCUGUGGUGAAUGAUGGUCAACUCAAUAAUACAGUAUAAGCAGUG